AUGGGGGACAUUCCAGGGGGUUUGGGGACAUUUGGGGACAGCCUGGGGGACAGCUGCCACCUGCAGGUCACCGAGCUGCCUCCAGGCCUGGGGGACAGCUGCCACCUGCAGGUCACCGAGCUGCUCCAGGCAGAGUCCCCAGACGAGGAGGACAUUUACGGGCUGGCGGCCACCCUGAGGAGACUCUCGGCCCUGUUCAGUGAGCACGACCUGACCCCCUGGGGUCUCUUCGGGCCCCUCUCGCAGCUCCUGCGCCGCGCCCUCGACACCGGGGACGUGCCAGCCCAGGUGACGAUCCCGGCCAUCUCCUGCCUCUUCUUCCACGUGUUCUGGGAGCUCUCGCGAGUUCCCGACUCCGGAGCCUCCCGGUGAGCCAAAAUCACCCAAAAUCCCCCCAAAAAUACCACAAAAAUCCCCCCAAAAAUCCCACAAAAAUUACCCCAAAAAUCCCCAAGAUUACCCCAAAAAUUCCUCAAAAAUCCCCCAAAAAAUCCUCAAAAUCCCCCCACAAAUUCUCCCUAAAUUCCCCUGAAA